CCAUCACCAACCCGACCCGCAAUCUCCACCCGCAAACCGCAAUUCUCGGCGUCAUUUCGCGUCACUCAAACAUGUCGGCCGGCCCCUCAAAUCUCCCGUCAAACCACGCGCCCUCCACACUAGAAUACGGCGGUGAUGAAAUCUCAGCCCUCGUACUUGAUCCCGGCCAAUGCUGGACACGCGCCGGAUUCGCCGGCGAAGAUACCCCCAAGUCCGUGAUCCCCACCCACUACGGCUACGUCGAGGGCGCUGGCCCCGACGGCGCCCGCAAGCUCUACUUCGGCGAUAACGACGUGCACACGGUGCGCGCGGGGAUGGAGAUCGCGAAUCCCAUGAGCGACGGCAUCGUGGCGGAUUGGGACGUGGCGCCAGCUCUGUGGCGGACCGCGCUCAUGUCGCGAUUGGCGCAGGACCUACGUGAGCACCCGCUGCUCGUGACAGAGCCGGUGUGGAACCCGACCAAGAACCGUGAAAAGACGAUUGAGGUUGCGUUCGAGGACUUCGAGGUGCCCGCCUUCUACCUAGCCAAGAAUGCCGUGUGCGCUGGGUUCGCGUCCGGAAAGUCGUCGGGCCUGGUCAUCGACUUUGGCGCCGCCAACGUCGCCGUCACUCCCAUCCACGACGGCUUCGUCCUCAAGAAAGGCAGCGCGCGCACCCCGCUCGGCGGCGACUUCCUGAGCAACCAGAUCCGCGCGUACCUCGUCUCGCAGAACAUCCCGCUGAGCGCGCACUACCAAGUAGUGGCCAAGAUCCCAGUGGAAGUCGGCAAGCCGGCAGAAGCGACGCUGCGCACGACGUGGCCGGAAGGCAAGGCGCCGACGUCCAGCUUCAAGAGCUUCGAGGAGGAGCGCGUCCUCACCGAGUUCAAAGAGUGCACCGCCCAGAUGUGGAUCAACGGGGGCGCGAUACCGCCCAACAACCCCGACGGCUCCCCGCCAAACGGCGUCGGCGUGCGCACCUUCGAGUUCCCCGACGGCUACAACCUUGUCUUCGGCUCCGAGCGCUUCCGCAUCGCAGAGGGCAUCUUCAAUCCCCGCGCCAUGCUCACCGCCCCCGAUAUCCCCCACCCCGACCCCGAGACUACCCUGGGCGUAGGCCACCUCGUCGCCGCCGCUAUGCGCGACGUCGAUAUCGAGAUCAAGGCUCACAUCCUUAAUAAUGUUGUGGUCACCGGCGCGGGAAGCUUGCUGUACGGCUUCCACGACCGUGUAAGCCUUGAGCUUAGCACUGCGUUCCCCGGUCCCCGUGUUAGGCUUGCGGCGCCUGGAAAUACUAUGGAGAGGAAGUAUGCCAAUUGGCUGGGUGGAAGUAUCCUGGCGAGUCUGGGAAGCUUCCAUCAGCUGUGGAUCAGUAAGAAGGAAUACGAUGAACAUGGUGUCAACAUUGUUGAGAAGCGGUGUAAGUAGUGUAGUAGUGUAGUGUAGCGGUGGAAAAAUCGGGGAUACCUGCCUAGUAUGUGGUAGAGAAUGUGGUGGAGAAUGUGGUGGGUGGGUG